CGAUAUCCCUUGGUCGAUAAACCAAAUAACCAAAACAUAUCGAUAUACUCGAAUUUCAUCGAGUGAGAAACGUGGUUUGUUGGAAGCAGCCGGAGAAGGUAGACGUUGCUCUGUAACUUGUGUAAAUUUGUGAGAAAAAAGAAAUUGUUAAAGCAAAAGAGAAUUAUAGAAGAACAGUUUAAAUACACAAUUUAUUAACGAAAUACGAUGGAAAAUCAAAGCAACGAAGCUCCCGUUGCCGCUGCCGCCGCCGCGGAGGUAUCAUCGACAACGUCAUCUUUAACAGCUCAGCCUGUGGAGCCCACAAAGCGCUCGCUACGCGUCCAGACCUGGAAGAAGAUCCAGGAGGGUAAAGUUGGAAUCGGCUUUAAUGGCAUUUUCAACCGAAUCCCUGCGUUCGUUGAUGCCGAUAAGGCAGCAGCAUUGCUCACCCAGGAGGAGGAGUUUAAGAAAGCACAGCACAUCAAAGUGACCAUUGAUCGGGCCUUGCACGAUUUUAAGGAGCAAUCAUUGUUGGCCAAUAAAUCUGUAUAUUUGCCCAGCACUCGGGAUUCGUCCGCGCUCUGUCUUAAAGUCGAAGUCCCAGCGGAUGCCACCGAUGAGCAGAAGAAGGAAUCAUUGCGUGUCCAGGAUAUACAAAAGUUCCGUUCGGAAAUUAAUUUGGAUAGCAAAUUGAAGCUCGAUAUGGUUGUCAUUGGUUCGGUGGUCGUAUCCAGAGAUGGCUAUCGCAUUGGACGUGGCAAUGGAUUUGCCGAUUUGGACAUUGGUCUGCUCAUUGAAUUGGGUGCCAUAACGCCAGAGACAGCGAUUGUAACAAUUGUCCAUGAUGUUCAGGUGGUGGAUACACUGCCUGUCAAUCUGUUUCAAAAAUAUGAUUCACCCGUGGACAUUAUUGUAACGCCCACGGAGGUGAUUCGUGUCUCGAAACGUUUGCCCCGUCCCAAUGGCGUUUUCUGGGAACUCUUGUCCGAGCGUCGCUUGAAGAUUUUGCCCGUGCUGCAGCAGCUGAAGGAGCAGCUGGAGAAAUCGGGCAAGACCAUCACGUUGAAGGAGGAGGAUACCGAUGUGGAGCAGCAUCAGAACAGUAGACGCCGUCGUGGACCGUUGCGUCGUCGCUUCCAACGAGGAAACCCAGGACGCACCACCUCACAGACUGACAACGAACAGCAAGGCCAGGAAAAUGCGCAGAAGCGCGCUCCACGCCGCAAAGGUCGUUUCAUCAACCGUCGCAGACGCACAAACAAGUCUGAGGGCGAUCAGUCUGGAGUCGAGGUGGGUGCUAAGAGUGAAGAUCGUAAAUUCAAUGAGGCAGGAACGGGGGGCGAGCGUCGCCCCAAGCGGAAGAAUCGCCCGCCACGUGACUUCUGUGUUAAAUUGUCAAAUCUGACACGCGACAUUCGCGUCAAGGAUCUGAAGACAGAGCUGCGUAAACGCGAAUGUAAUCCAUUGGCUAUAACAUGGAAGGGUCACUUUGGAAAGUGUUUCUUGCACUUUGGCAAUCGCAACGGCGGUCCGAGCACCCAGGAGGAUGUUGACAAAGUACUCAAAUCGCUCAACGAUCUCUCGCUGACAAUCACCACAGGCGGUGGAGGUGGCGAGUCGUCGGCACCGGCAGCGGGAGCCGAGGAGCCGCCAGCGGAGAAUGCCAAUGCAGCAGUGCAGACAAAAACCAUAAAUCUUAGUGUGGAGUUGCUUAAAUUUGGCGCCAAAAAGAAUGAAGGCGGCAAUGCUAAUAAUGCUGGCGAGGAAGGCGAUAAUAAUGCGACCAAUGCCGCCAAUUCGAGCCCAGUUAAUGGAGCAACAGCUGCUGGUGGAGAAGCUAGCGGUGCUGCUGGUUCACGUAUCGAGUCUGUGGACACCACCACAGUAUAGUAUGAUCAAGCGGAAUUCAGCAGUGCUGCCACAAAAAGGCCAAGGCGGAUGUCCGCCGCCAGCGUCAUGUGUGGAGUUCAACGUAAAAGAGUCACAUUUUGUUUAGAACAAAUCGAAAAGUAACACAAGCAAAAACAACAAAGAAACAAACAAAACAAAUGAAUACAAAUCAAAACAAAAACCGAAGUGAACUCCAAAAACAAACAAACAAAAACAAACUCAUACAAACACACACAACAUACACACACAAACACACACACACUUUUUACAUUUAUAAUUUACAGCUUGUAGUUUCUUCUCAUUCACUCUUUACUUUCUAACAAACAACAAACAAACAAAAAAAAAAAAGUUUCAAUUUUUGACGCUUUUUCUAAACAAUUGCAUUUGUUUUUUGCUUAAAAGAAAAACAAUUACGACAGACAACAAAUUAGUUUCAUUAAACUUUCAAAUGAAUGAAAAUCAAUUUAAAAAAAUAAUAUUAAUGAAAUACUCGUUUGCAAGUGGAUCAUCAUUUCAAUUCUUAAGUAAUAUAAUUCUUGUAUUUCCUUCUUUCUUUUCGCGGCAAAGUUAAAUAUAUAAAUCUAUAUAUAUAUAUUUUACGAUUUUCUAAACAUUUUUCCCCCAACCGCCCUAUCAUACGCCCACACGCUGGGCGUGUCCACGUGCGUCUACUGAUAACAGUUGAGCUGUUAUCACUUGAGACACUUGCCACGUGCCACGUGCAGCGUGUGCAACGCGGUGUGGUGGCAUUUUUGGGCUUUUGUGUCAGAAAUGUUGAUAUUCGUAAAUUAUUUAUAACCACAAAAGCCAGAAAAAAACAAAACUUGCAAAAAAAAAAAACAAAAAAAAAAUGAUUGUGGAUAAAAAAAAUUGAAUUAACAAAAUGAAAAAACACAAAAAAAAAA